CGGGCCUGAGCAGGACUGCCAUUUUACACUGUGGCUGCUAGCUUGACGCUCCGGAGUGACACACUGUCGCUUUAUGCUGCAGCCAGGGCUUCAAAAUCACUGACAGCUCACCGAAACGUCCCCAGCAGCUCCCUGAAACACAACUUUAAUGGUGGCGUGAGACACGCGGUAGCUGCAUAAGGCUCUGGAUGGAUUGCCUCGACCCCGAAACCCUGUAUGUGUCUCCAGAGCAACCUGGACAGCCCUCCCUCUCCCUCCCUGCCCCGGAGGUGUCCGGCUUGGCCCUGGAGGGAGGGAAGAAGAUGAACGGGUCUCUGGACCACCCCGACCAGCCGGACGUGGACGCCAUCAAGAUGUUUGUGGGCCAGAUUCCGCGGUCGUGGUCGGAGGAGCAGCUCCGGGAGCUCUUCGAGCCGUACGGAGCAGUUUAUGAGAUUAACGUCCUCCGAGACCGCAGCCAAAACCCCCCACAGAGCAAAGGCUGCUGUUUUAUAACGUACUACACCCGCAAAUCAGCCUUAGAAGCACAGAACGCUCUGCACAACAUGAAGAUCCUGCCCGGGAUGCACCAUCCAAUCCAAAUGAAGCCAGCUGACAGCGAGAAGAACAAUGCCGUGGAGGAUCGGAAGUUAUUUAUUGGGAUGAUUUCCAAGAAAUGUAAUGAGAACGACAUCCGACUGAUGUUCUCCCCGUACGGGCAGAUCGAGGAGUGUCGGAUACUUCGGGGUCCUGACGGACUCAGCCGGGGUUGUGCAUUUGUAACAUUCACAGCAAGACAGAUGGCUCAGUCGGCCAUCAAGUCCAUGCACCAGUCUCAGACCAUGGAGGGCUGUUCGUCUCCCAUCGUGGUGAAGUUUGCCGACACGCAGAAGGACAAGGAGCAGAAGCGCAUGGCCCAGCAGCUGCAGCAGCAGAUGCAGCAGCUCAGUGCGGCGUCCAUGUGGGGAAACCUCACUGGGCUCAACAGUCUGGGCCCUCAGUACCUCGCACUCUACUUACAGUUACUGCAGCAGUCGGCCUCCACGGGGAACGCUCUCAACAACAUGCACCCUGUGUCAGGUCUCAAUGCGAUGCAGAACCUGGCUGCUUUAGCGGCAGCAGCGACGGCCACCCAGGCCACGCCUUCAGGCUCCAGCGCCAUGACCACCUCCAGCAGCCCUCUGAGUGCACUCGCAAGCUCAGGCUCGUCCCCCACCUCCAGCAGUAACUCCUCAGUGAACCCCAUGGCGUCCCUGGGAGCCCUGCAGUCGCUGGCGGCCAGUGCCGGAGCUGGACUCAACAUGGGCUCCCUGGCAGGCAUGGCGGCGCUCAACGGCAGCCUGGGCUCCGGAGGGCUCUCUAACGGCUCAGGAAACACCAUGGAGGCGCUGAGCCAGGCGUACUCGGGCAUCCAGCAGUACGCCGCCGCCGCGCUCCCCAGCCUGUACAACCAAAGCCUGCUGUCUCAGCAGAACGUCUCCGCUGCAGGCAGCCAGAAAGAAGCCAGCAACAGACGCAGCACCGGUCCCGAAGGUGCAAACUUGUUCAUUUACCACCUGCCCCAAGAGUUUGGAGACCAGGACCUGCUCCAGAUGUUCAUGCCCUUUGGAAACGUCAUUUCUGCAAAAGUCUUCAUUGACAAGCAGACGAACCUCAGCAAGUGUUUUGGCUUCGUGAGCUAUGACAACCCGGUGUCAUCGCAGGCGGCCAUCCAGUCCAUGAAUGGUUUCCAGAUCGGUAUGAAAAGACUGAAGGUGCAGCUGAAGCGCUCAAAGAACGACAGCAAGCCGUACUGAGGGCGCUGCCGAGCUCCACACUUAGUUAGGCAGGGUGCUGUUCUGAUCUCUUCCUGUUUGCCCUAGCAUGUUGAUGUGGCGUCACAGUUCAUCGUCCAGUCCUUGUCCUCUGCGCUUCUCUGAUGCUUCCAGUUUCACGUUUGACCUUGUGUUUGGGGAGGUUUUUUGUUUUUCCUGUUUCCUCAUGCGUCCUGUGUGUGUUCCCGACACGGGCCCCAGAAAGACUGCCACUGAACAUGUUUCCAUAGUUUAAUAAUAAAAGAAAAACCAAUAAAAUACUACAAGCAAAAAAGGAAAGUCUAUUUUUCUAGCACUCCCUGAUGUAACCACUCCAGGUUUUUUUUUUGUUUUUUUUGCCUUGUGGGUU